ACACCAAGACCAACACUUUCUCAUCUUCUCCCCGUCUGGUUGGUGAGAGCACUCUCAUAGAGGAACUGAGGCGACUUGGUUGAAGAAGACCCCAGAAACUCCCGGGUCGUGAACCAAGUUGCAUAAUCCGGUGAUCGUCCAAUAAUUUCCACAUCCAGCUCCAGACGAUCAACAUGAAUUCGAAAAUCUCCAGUUAACCGUUGAUAAUCUUACAAGACGAAUUCCAGGGAAUUGCAUAUGUAAUGUUAAUUCUUUCAAUGGGAUAUUUUAACAUGGAUUGAAUUAGAAGAGAGAGUUGAUAGUUAUAUCUUUAAUCACCUGAUGAACUUUUCGAGACCGAGAUCUUCGAUGAUGGUUUUGCUUCGUAGAGUGCAAAGUUCUAGCCCGUGAGUCAAAUCCAUAUAUCAAGGAUUGUAACGAGUGGGGCUGAAAAGAAGCUCCAAGAUUGUAAAUAUGUCCAUGCAUUUCCAGCUCCAUGAAACUCUGGCAGGCCCAUGAUAUCCAAUCCUGGAACCAGUCAGAAUCAAAUUCCUAUCCAUUGUUCUUUCACAAGAUCACAAAUAUAUAUCUUCUCUAUAGGUUUCCUUUCUCUCAAAAGCCAGCUAGCCCAAGCCAUGCCAUGGCCAUUCCUAUGCUUUUAAUGGCUACCCAGCAAUCAAGCUCCAUUAACUGCCAAAAGGACUGCCUCCUUUUUCAUUCUCCCACUUUGGGAGCUAGCUAAAAGCCAGCUUGCUGGAGUAGCUUGAUUGGGUGUAUUUUGAAGGGUGAUUUAUGUAAUUAAAUAAUUAUAUUUUCUCAGUUUAACGUAUUCAAGUGUGUUUGAUGGUAUAAACUAAUCUACAAUAUGACGAAAUUUUACAAUCCUAUAUAUAUGAUUUUGCACAAGUGCAUCAUAUGUUAUGCUUAAAGCAUACAUUAAUAUUCAUGAUUAUUAAGAUUCCUAACACUUUUAAUCUUUAAACAAUUAGUAUUGUAUCACAAAUCAAUUUACAAAUAUAUCGAACCAAAUGCACCCAAUUUCCAAAUCCACAUUUGCAUCCAAAAGUUUGUGUCUUAUGCUCAAGCAAGAAGGCCUAUCAAUUUAAAUUUGGCACAUGUUAAUCAUAUUCAUAUGUUAAUCUUAAAGACUUUAAUAUCGUAUCAAAAAUCUAUCUACAAAUAUACCAAAACAUAGACAACCCAAAAUCCAAAUUCUCAUUUGUAUUCAAAAUUUAUGUCUUAUGUUGAAAUUCCUCUUCACAAUUGUCUUAUGCUGAAACAUAAUUUAAGCAAAAUCCUGUAGAGUUUCCACAUCAAGACAAAAACUUACACUUCCCAUCCUUCUCCACCCUUAAGAAAGUCCGGCAACAACCUUUGCCCCCAUGUCUCUCCCAUCCCCCAUGCUCAGAAACUCUGUACUCUUGUCCCAACUGAUGGAUACUCAAUCCAUAAAGCCUAUAUAAACCCCUCUCCGACAAAGCGAAGAACAUCCAACACAUCCUAAGUUCAAUCCGACGCAAUUCUCCUCUCCAAACCAUGAAAGAAAGUAAGAUGAUGAAGAGCAAGGCCACAGGGAGGAAGAAAGCCAAGGAGAUUGAGGUCGUUUCGAUCCGUCGAAACAUCCGAACUCUGCAGCAGAUGAUUCCAGGAUGUGAGGAAGAGAUUGAGGUUGAAACCCUGUUUCAGAAAUCCAUUGAUCACAUCCUGAAGCUGAAGUCUCGAGCUCAGCUCCUCAGGGAUCUGUUGGAGCUCUGCGAUAAGUAAGGCUUCCAUUGGGGUGCAUUUGCUAAUUAAGCAAGGGGUUCUCGUGGAUCUUUCUAAGAAAGAUGGUAGCUUCUUCCAUGGUAAUUUGGAGAAAACAUGUCCUGUAAUUCUGAGUUUCUGCUUCUUCAAUUGAUGAAGCUUUUCAAUAAGUUCAAAGCUCACUCUUGAAAGGGUUCUUUGGUCGAAUUUGAACAAAGUUUGUACCUAUUUCAAUAAUUCAAAUGAUUUGGGGUAAACUAGUUCUUGAUAACAUCGUUUGUCAUUGUAUUUAGUCGUAAAUCGAUCACUUUUAUCAUGGAUUAUAAGAAAAUAUAUUUUUCCCGUUAGUAGAUAAGAAAAGAAUAAUUGUUUU